GCAAAUUUCACCGUCACAAACCGGAAAAAGGCAGAAAUUGGUCCACCUAAUAAAGUAGGAAGAAUCGCAGUGCAUCAGUCACCUUCUCGACGUGGCCAACCAGAGGUUGUCGCAGGCUUAAUUGCCGCCUGGUGGAGCUCUGCCGAGUGACGAUUUUACGAAUGCCCUCAUUUUGAGGUUUCGGAUACGACAAUACGCCGCAUUCCUUGUCAAUGGCCAUCCGUAAAUAGACGAUCUCAAUUUUUUUUCUUGUUUUAUUAUUUUUUACAAACCAGUCAUGUCGACCCAAAAACCACCUCAGCGCUUAGAUGCGCUGGAGAGUAUGGUCAAUGAUGUGGUCGUUCAGACUGCCAAGGCCAUCAGGUCAAGUAGGGCUGAUGGACCGCGAGCCGUGCCGGCAGUCUCGCAUGGCCAGCGGAUCCAGGAUCUGCACAGCAACUUCAACUCGGUCCUUGACGACAUGGAAAGCGAGCUCAUGAGGGUAAAAGCAAUCCUCCAGCGUGACUUGGAUCUCAUGCGGGCGAAACGCCGCCAAGCCGUGAUCCCGGAGCCGGUCAUGCUGUCCCAGCCGGUGCCAGCCACCGCUCCAGAGGCCCCUGUCUCAUCGGGUCCUCCACAACCUGGCGGCGUACCGUCGGCAGCAUCGGCGCCGCCCCAACCCCGACUUCAACUCAAGCAGCCGCCAUCUGCCGCAUCCGCUGCUCCUAACGCUGCCGCCCGGCCGCCUGUUGCAAAAAUGAACGCCGGUGGUGCCCCGUUCCCUAAUAUGGGUAUUGGGCACAUGCCACAAGCCGGCCCAGUCAAGAUGAAGACCGAGUCGCCGCCCAAGCCGUCGCCAGCCGCUUUGAAUGUUCAUGGGAAACCACCUGUUCAGAAAGCAGCCUCGCCGAUGGUCAAGACAGCCUCGGCUCCCGGUGCCAACAUUUCUACCAUCAAGAAGGAAUCACCAGGCAUCAAACACGCAAGCAUUGCGACAGCAAAGACAGGCUCGCCAGCCCUCAAGACCUCGUCGCCUGUGCCUUCAAUCAAGAAAACCUCUCCUGUUUUCGCCCCAGUGAAGCCGGCACCAAAGGCAACACCUCCACCUGCGGCUGCCACUGUGCCACCGCCGCAGGCAGCAAAGAAGGCGGUUCCUCCGCAGGCCGCACCCCCUCCACCCAAACCACAGCCCACUUCGACCCAGCCUGCUGACCCCCUGGACGGCAUCAUAGACCUGACCAACCCUGCCACCUUGCAGAACGGGGCUGGGGGCAUUGGUGCCGCGGCGCCACCUCCUCCAUCCGGCGCAGCUCCCCAGCUGAACUUUACAAAUAUGCAGUUCUCACUUGCUCCUCCCCUCAGCGCUACAGAACCCUCAAACCCUUCAGGAGGUGACAAUGACUUUGAUCUCGACAGCUUCAUCACCGAUGCCACCAACAACCUCCUGACGGACCAGUUCGCAGGCGGCAACGGAGCAGGCUCUGCCGCUGGACAGCCAUCAACCACCGGCACAGCCGGCGAUCCUAUGGAUACCUCGGGCGGAGGUGGCGACGCGUCAACCAAGGUUGACGUCAACGCCAUGGACAAGGAGAUUGCUGAUCUGCUUCGGCUCGACGGCCCCACGGACCUGUCUUCUGCCGACGCCGCCGGUGGUUCGAGCUUUGAUGACAUGUGGAUUGAGGCGGGAAAUACCAACAUGGGCGAAUUUGACAGUUCUUACUUUGAGAUGUGA